CUUCUUGAUUUUGCGCAUGCGCAAUGCUUUAUCCACUUCCUGUUUAUGUACCUUGUUUUGCGUUUGAGUAUUAAUGUUAAAACAAGGAUUUUUUCCCCGCGUGCUUUCAGUUUUUAGCUGCUGAUUUUUUGUUUACCUGCCAAGGUUAUUUUGUGAAUUAGACGCCGUGUAUCCGCGAUAGUGACAUGAGUCUCAGGGAUAAAGAGCUUAAGAUCUGUUUCAGCCCAGGUCAUGUAGCGCUCGUGCAGGAAAGAAAACUCCAUUAGGAUGCAAACAGGCUCUAAUGCACAUCUGGAGGAAAUGUGCAGUUCAUGCCGGCGUGUACUGGUGACCGGAGCCACUGGUCUUCUUGGACGCGCAGUCUACAAGGAGUUUCUGAACAAUGACUGGGAAACGCUUGGGUGUGGGCACACUCGCGCUCGGCCUCGCUUCCUCAGCUGCAACCUGCUGGAUGAGGACGCUGUGCGCGCGGUUAUUCAGAACUUCCAGCCCCAUGUGAUCGUACACUGUGCUGCUGAGAGAAGGCCAGACGUGGUGGAGCAUCACACAGAAGCAGCCUUGAACCUGAAUGUACAUGCAUGUGCUACACUGGCAAAAGAAGCAGCUGGCAUCUUUCUGAUCUACAUCAGCACUGAUUACGUGUUUGAUGGGCGCAAUCCCCCGUACGGAGAAAACGACACCCCCAAUCCGUUAAACAUGUAUGGGAAAUCAAAGCUUAGGGGUGAAAGGGAAAUACUCAGACACUGUCCAGGUGCUGUAGUACUCAGGGUGCCCAUUUUGUACGGAGAGGUGGAGAAGGUGGAGGAGAGUGCCGUCACCGUGCUUUGGGAUCGCAUUCAGGAUGGAGCCGAGAGCUCGACUGUAGACCACUGUCAGCAACGUUUCCCCACCUAUACCAGCAAUGUGGCACGGGUCUGUAGGAACAUGGCUGAGCGAGGUCUUCAGGACCCGUCCUUGCGUGGGAUCUUCCAUUAUUCCGGAAAAGAGCAGAUGACUAAAUAUGAGAUUGCUUGUGCUAUGGCAGACGCAUUUAACCUGCCCAGGAGUCACCUGAUACCGUUGACAGAGCAGCCUGCUGGAGCCGGAGCUCAGAGGCCACAAAAUGCCCAGCUAGAAUGUUCUCGUCUGGAGAUGCUUGGGUUGAGCGUGGAACCGACUCCCUUUAAAACAGCGAUUAGAAAGUGUCUCUGGCCAUUCCUUCAUGAUAAACGCUGGAGACAGACCGUCUUUCACUGAGGGACGAAGCAUACAUUCCAGACUUUGACAAAAAAUACAGGGCCAAUUGAAAUAGUUUUAGUUGAUACUGUAUGAGUUAUAUUAAUGCAUACAUAACAGCAUUUCAUCUAUUAUUUUGUUUCUGAUUUCAUAUUGCACUAUAGCCAAUAGUAUUUUUGCUUAAUGCAGUUGAGGAUAUCCAUUCUACCAUGGAUGCCUGCAAGAUUAUUUGAACGUACCCGGAAUGACCGUACAGAAUACAGUGUGUAAACACACAGCUUGAUAAAUUUCCAGCAAAUCUGGACAAAAAUAAAUAAAUAAAUAAGGGAAAAAACCUUUUGAUUUAAAUACCUGAUAUUUCAUUUUCAGAUUAAACAAUUGUUGAAAGUGGCUUACAGUAUGGCUUAGAACAUGCACUGGAUCACAGCACUGAUAGAGAUUGCAAGUCGUUGCAACUGUAACAGUCUUUUUGGAAUAAAUAUGAUGUGUUCCUGAGAGACAAA